AUGGCAGAGGCCACCGUGAGGGAGCUGGUCAACUUUGGCUUCUCAGAGGAUCGCGCACGUGAGGCUGUUGAAAACAUCGGGGACGUCUCAGAUGUACAGCUGGCCAUCAACUGGUUGUUGGAUCACGGAGAGGAGGACAAAGGCGGCGCUGUGGAAUUCAAGCACUGUCCUCACAUCUGCGAGCUGCCCCUGGGCACUAUCGUGAAGAAGGCAGCUCUCCAGUUCGGUAACCCGUGUGCCAAAGGAUGCAAAGGCUCCGAGAAGCUUGGCAUCAAGUGGUUAAGGCGUAAAGGACUCAUGCGACAUUCAGAUCGCUCCAAGAAGGAGAGGCAGCAGCCGGAGUCUGUCGCCGAGGCAGGGCGGGGUCAACAUGAGCUGCAACUUUCCGAGAUGGUGAAGAGGUUUUGGCAUGUCGCGAGUCGCGAGUCCACCAACUCCUCAGGCCGUCAGAGAUUGUGGCUCCAGCAGAGCUGUAAGUUGCCUGAGUUGCUACAGCCAGCCUGUAGACACGUGCGUCGUCGCGUAGCCAUAGCCAUGUCCGAGUUGUGGCUUCUGAUGCUUUUUGCUCAGCUCUGGAGGUUGGGCGCCGAUUUGACUUGGGAGUGGACCAGCCAGCGUGGGACGAGUGAAUGGGACUAUGCCACGGCCUUGCAACUGGAUACUGAAGGUGACAUCGUAGUGGCUGGAGAUGUUAGUGGGUCAUUCAGCAAUACCACGCACUUUGGUGCAAAUGAUGUUUUCCUGAUGAAGUUCAACCGUUCUGGCACUUGGCAAUGGACAAGUCAGCGGGGUAGCAAAAAAUCAGACAAUGCAAGAUCCCUCCAAAUCGAUCCUUUGGGAAGCAUUUUUGUUGCUGGCUACACAAUGAGCUCAUUGGAUGGCAAUGUCCAUCACGGUGGUUCCGACCUAUUCGUCUCCAAAUACAGCAAGGAUGGGUCUUGGCUCUGGACACGCCAGCGUGGUAGCAAUGACUGGGAUUACGGCCGCGCACUUCAGCUGGAUCGUUCCGGUCAUAUCUACCUGGCCGGGUACACGGGGGGCUCGCUGGAUGGCAACCGCAACGCUGGAGGGUAUGAUUUCUUCGUCAUGAAGCUUGAUCCCAGUGGAUCCUGGCUAUGGACGCGGCAGCGUGGAAGCACCUUCUGGGAUUAUGCCCGUGCUCUGCAGCUGGAUGCCCGAGGGAACGUACUGGUAGCGGGAUACACGAGAGGCGAUUUGGAUGGCAAUGAGAACGCAGGAGGCAAAGAUGUCUUCCUCGCCAAAUUCGCUGCAGACGGAGUUUGGCAAUGGACUCGUCAGCGAGGUUGUGUGGCAGAUGAUGAUGCCUGGGAUCUCGGUACAGAUGCAGCAGGAAAUAUUUUUCUGACGGGUGAGACAUCAGGUGCUCUUCAUGGAGAGAGUGCGGGAAGCUCGGACAUCUUCCUGAUGAAGUUCUCCAGCGACGGCGCUUGGCAGUGGAGCCGCCAGCGUGGUACCGAGAAGUUUGACGUUGCCUGGGCAUUAGAAGUCGAUUACUGGGACAACAUUCUCGUUGCAGGAUAUACCGGAGGCUCAAUGGAUGGCCACAUCAAUGCCGGUAGCUCGGAUGUGUUCGUGAUGAUGUUCGACCUCUCUGGUUCUUGGCAGUGGACUGAGCAGAGGGGAACUCCACUUUGGGAUUAUGCACGUGCGCUCCGAGUAAAUCCAGCCGGAGACGUCUUCUUAGCAGGCUCGACGCAAGGGCAGCUUGACAACGGCAACUUCAGUGGUGGUGAAGAUCUCUUUGUCAUGAAGUUCAAGCGCUCAAACAUCUCAGCCAAGCUCCAAAGCAAGGUCAGUGGGAACGGUCAUUUCCUGGCGCUGGGCUUGAUGGACCUCAGUGUGUGGUGCUAUGAAUGUGAGUCAUACGUUGACCACGAGGUGCUUGGCCCACUGGUCGCCCGAAUGCAGCGAUUGAAAUUCGGUGGCGAAGACGAGGAGGAGCCAGAGCCCGAGGUUGGCAGCAUCUUGGAUGCGGACCCACAGUCAGCUCACGGCUUCUUGGGCGAUCCGAACUGGCCCUUGCCGCGACUGGCAAGUGCCUGCAAUGAGGAAGCCCGACCAGGAUACAAGACCAUGAAGGCGCACGAGUAUCUGGAUGAACCCGAAGUUCUGAAGGCAAAAGUGAAACUGCUGGCCGACCUCAUAACACGAAGCCGAAACUGUGUUGCUUACACUGGCGCUGGCAUCAGCACGGCCUCUGGCAUCAAAGACUAUGCAACGAAGGCAAGCUCCUCGUCUUCAUCUUCUUCUGCGAAGUCGCCAUGGUUGGCGGAACCGAGCUACGCUCACCAUGUCCUCGUCGCACUUUGGAAGAAUGGAAGCUUGAAACAUUGGGUGCAGCAGAAUCAUGAUGGCCUACCUCAGAAAGCAGGAUUCCCGCAGAAGGACAUCAACGAGAUCCACGGUGCUUGGUGGGACCCUUCCAAUCCAGUCGUCCCAAUGGACGGAACUCUCCGUUCUGAUCUGAUUCAGUGGAUGCUUGAUUGGGAGAGUCGUGCAGACCUGUGUUUGGCGCUUGGGACUUCCAUGGUCGGAAUGAAUGCAGAUCGCAUGGCUGUGUCCCCGGCCAAGCGGGCUCAGCGCAUGCACCGAGACGAGGCACUGGGAACUGUGAUCGUGGCACUGCAGCAGACACAGUACGACAAGAUCUCGUCUUUGCGAAUCUUUGCUCGGCUUGACGAUGUUCUCAGGGAGCUGGCUUCCUUGUUAAACCUCGACGUGGCCUCCGGUGCGGUGCUGACGCAGAGACGUCAGGAGGCAAUCAUUCCGUACGGCCGGGAUGGUCGAAAGUCCGCCACGGCCCAGCUGCAGCUGGACCUGCGUGUGGGAAGCAAACUACGGGUGGUUGACCAGCCCGACUGGGACCAAGCGAAGUAUGGAGAGAUCUGCCAAGUUAUGGAAGCUCCCGAGGAGCUGGCCAAACAGGGGCACGUGCAGCUGCUCUUUCCCGGCGAGGGCUUGAAGAAGUCGGUCACACGUUUUCUCGGUGGUUGGUGGAUCGAGGCUGCCAUCAACGGAGAGUUGGAGAAGAUUCCGGUGGCUUGUCUCAGCGCUUGA